GAUCAAGAAAACUUUUCCUACUUAAUUCUAUUGCAUACGAACGCAGCCUUGUGCAUAGGGGCAACUGCAAUGACAGCAACAGGCACGAUGCUGAUUGCAUACCUCAAACAUAUUUGUGGAAUGUUUAGCAUUGCAAGUUUCCGUAUUAAGAAGGCAAUGGCGAUUAAUAUGCAACAAGAUGUUAAUGAAGAAAAAAUGGUUAUAAUUUAUAAAAGAAUGAUCUGUGCGAUAGACAUUCAUCGCAAAGCUACAGAGUUUUCUCAAGUGUUUAUAAAAAGUUUUGAAGGAUCUUUCUUCUGUUUAAUAGCGGCUAGUAUGGUUUGCUUAACCAGCACUCUUGUGCAAAUUAUUUCAUAUAAUAGCACAGGGCAACUUGUAUUACAACUUAUAUACAUAACUGGUCACUAUAUGUACAUGUUUUUGUCCAAUUAUACCGCACAAGAUAUUACAGAUCAUAAUGAAUACGUAUUUGCUACAGUGUAA